AUGUCUUUUUAUUCCAAGCAGGACUGUACUAUGGAUUUAGAGCUCCAGGAUUAUUACAACCAGACACUUGCCACAGAGAACAAUACUGCUGCCCCUCGGAAUUCCGAUUUCCCAGUCUGGGAUGACUAUAAAAGCAGUGUAGAUGACUUCCAGUAUUUUCUGAUUGGACUCUAUACACUUGUAAGUCUUCUUGGUUUCAUGGGGAAUCUGCUUAUUUUAAUGGCUCUCAUGAGAAAGCGUAAUCAGAAUACUACAGUAAACUUCCUCAUAGGGAAUCUGGCCUUCUCUGAUAUCUUGAUUGUGCUGUUCUGCUCACCUUUCACACUGACCUCUGUCUUGCUGGAUCAGUGGAUGUUUGGCAAAGUCAUGUGUCAUAUUAUGCCUUUCCUUCAAUGUGUGUCAGUUCUGGUUUCAACUUUAAUUUUAAUAUCAAUUGCCAUUGUCAGGUAUCAUAUGAUAAAGCACCCUAUAUCUAAUAAUCUAACAGCAAACCAUGGCUACUUCCUGGUAGCUACUGUCUGGACACUAGGUUUUGCGAUUUGUUCUCCCCUUCCAGUGUUUCACAGUCUUGUGGAACUUCAGGAAACUUUUGGCUCAUCGUUGCUGAGCAGCAAGUACUUAUGUGUUGAAUCGUGGCCAUCUGACUCAUACAGAAUUGCUUUUACUAUCUCCUUGUUGCUAGUACAAUAUAUUCUGCCCUUAGUUUGUCUAACUAUAAGUCAUACCAGUGUCUGCAGGAGUAUAAGCUGUGGAUUGUCCAACAAAGAAAUCAAGUUAGAAGAAAAUGAGAUGAUCAACUUAACUCUUCAUCCAUCCAAAAAGAGUGGACCCCAGGUGAAACUCUCCAGCAGCCAUAAAUGGAGUUAUUCAUUCAUCAGAAAACACAGAAGAAGAUACAGCAAGAAGAAGGUAUGUGUGUUACCUGUUCCAGCAAGAUCUCCUCAAGACAAUUCAAGCACACUUCCAGAAAACUUCGGCUCUGUGAAAAGUCAGCUCUUUUCAUCCAAUAAGUGCAUACCCGGAGUCCCCACCUGCUUUGAGAUGAAACCUGAAGAAAACUCAGAUGCUCAUGACAUGAGAGUAAAUCGUUCUAUCAUGAGAAUAAAAAAGAGAUCUCGCAGUGUUUUCUACAGACUGACCAUACUGAUACUGGUGUUUGCUGUUAGUUGGAUGCCACUGCACCUUUUCCAUGUGGUAACUGAUUUUAAUGAUAACCUUAUUUCAAAUAGGCACUUCAAGUUGGUAUAUUGUAUUUGUCAUUUGUUAGGCAUGAUGUCUUGUUGUCUUAAUCCGAUUCUAUAUGGAUUUCUUAAUAAUGGAAUCAAAGCUGAGUUGCUGUCCCUUAUACACUGUCUUCAUAUGUCAUAA